CAACUAUUUCCCCUCGACGGCUCUUACAAGUCCCCUGGCACAACCAAUUCAUCCACCAUGGCAGCCAAUUCCCGGACGCUCGAGAUCACGGUGAUCUCCGCCGAGAAUCUGAAAUUAGAUCGAAAACCCAUCAAGAAAAACUCCUCUGUGACGGUCCGGCCCGACACCAACAGUCAGAUUUGCACCACGGAAAUGGACACCGAAGGCGGCGCCUACCCUCGAUGGAACGAGAAGCUCGUGCUCGACUUGCCAGCGCACUCGAGGUCCAUCACGGUAGAGGUCCAAUGCAAGACGUCGUACGGCGUCAGGACGGUCGGGACGGCGACGAUUCCGGCGUCGGAUUUUGUAGGUGGGUACGUGCCGGAGGGUUACCUGCAUUUUUUGAGUUACAGGCUGAGGGAUAACAGAGGGGAGAGGAAUGGGAUUAUUAAUAUUUCUGUGAGAAUGAAGGUUCCGGAGAUUUACGCUUGUUCAAGUUCAACGACGUCGUCUCACUCGAGAAUGGGGUUUCCGGUUGCUGAGAACAAUAAUUUUGGUGGCGGCGUUGCGACAGGAGUUCCGGUUUGGUAUGGUUCUUAUCAGAAAAAACAUUAUUGAAGAUCCACCUGCUGAAAGAAUAAGAACAAUAUGUAUUUUUGCUCACCACCAAUGAGCUUAAAUUUUUAGAUUUUGUGUCUAUUAACUAUACAGAUCUUCAAAUUUAAAAUCAUUCAAAUGAGGUGAGCAUCAUCUUCACUUAAAAGUCACGAGAAAAAAUACUCCCGAAAUUUAGACUCUUGGUUAAGGAGAAUGCCAA